CUGCCGGCGCUCGCGGAGGAUGCGCUGCGCGUGGCAGCGGCUCGCGCACGGAGCCUAGAGCGGAUGCCGGGACCGCGCACCGUUAGCAACCUCGUGGAGUUCUUCUGGCGGGACGGAUUCAGUCGGAUCCACGAAAUACAGCUGGAGCACAGUCGCAAGUAUGGGAAGAUCUUUAAGUCACGGUUCGGACCCCAGCUGGUGGUGUCAAUCGCUGAUCGAGACAUGGUGGCUCAGAUCUUGAGGUCAGAGGGUGUGGCCCCCCAGCGAGCAAACAUGGAGUCCUGGAAAGAGUAUCGUGACUUGAGGAACUGGUCCACAGGGCUCAUCUCAGCGGAGGGGGAGGAAUGGCUGCAGAUGCGCAGUGUCCUGAGGCAGCUGGUCUUGCAUCCACAUGAUGUGGCCACUUUCUCGGAUGACGUCAACUCCAUAGUGGCUGACCUUAUCAGUCGAGUCUACAUCUUGCGGGCAAAGCAGGCAGAUCGGCUGACCGUGAUCAAUGUGAAUGACCUCUUCUUCAAAUAUGCUAUGGAAGGUGUGUCCACCAUUCUCUAUGAGUGUCGCUUGGGCUGCCUGGAGGAGAACAUUCCACAGCAGAGCCUUGAGUACAUUGCUGCCCUCCACCUGAUGUUCAGCUCCUUCAAGACCACUAUGUACGCUGGUGCCAUCCCUAAGUGGCUAAGGCCCAUCGUACCCAAGCCGUGGGAGGAGUUCUGCAGAUCCUGGGACGGCCUCUUUAGAUUCAGCCAGAUCCACAUUGACAGGAAGCUUCUGGAGAUCCAAGAGCAGGUGGCAGCAGGGCAGGGGGUGACAGGCAGGCUGCUGACCCACCUGUUAGUAUCCAAGGAGUUGACCCUGGAGCAGGUCUAUGCCAACAUGACGGAGAUGUUGCUGGCCGGAGUGGACACGACUUCCUUCACCCUGUCCUGGAUGACCUACCUGCUCGCACGACACCCAGAGGUACAGCAACAGGUUUAUGUGGAGGUGGUGAAAAAACUGGGGCAUGAUCGCGUGCCUGUGGCCGAGGACAUUGCACACCUACCCCUUGUCCGAGGGCUGGUGAAAGAGACACUCAGGCUGUUCCCAGUUCUCCCAGGAAACGGGCGGAUUACACAGCAGGAUCUUGUUUUAGGAGGGUACUUCAUCCCAAAAGGGACCCAGUUGGCUAUGUGUCACUACACAACCUCUCUGGAUGAGGAGAAUUUUCCUGGAGCCAAGGAGUUCCGCCCACAACGGUGGGUACGAAAGAAUUCCACAGACCGAGUGGACAAUUUUGGCUCCAUCCCCUUUGGCUACGGUAUCCGCAGCUGCGUGGGCCGGAGAAUUGCAGAACUUGAGAUGCACCUGGCCAUCAUACAAUUACUGCAGAAGUUCCGUAUUGAGGUGUCCCCUCUCACCCAGACGGUCCGUGCCAAAACUCACGGCUUGCUCAGCCCUGGGGGCCCCAUCAACCUCAAGUUUGUAGACAGGCAGUAGACCUUGCUUCUUUAGGAGGUGAGAGGUGUGCUGGCCAAGCUCUGCUCAUCUCUCCAGAGUAGCCACAUGAGUUCUACCUAGAGCUUUGGUGCUGUGUAAACAUUUCAAAGACUUCCUAAAUACCUUGAACAUGUAGCGUGUAGAGACAAUUAACUGCAGGUACAGGCAGACAUGAGCUAACAUUGUACUUGGUUAAAUUGCUAUAGAUACUAUGUUUUGAGUCUCUCUGGGGUAGGUAUAAAUAGGAUGACAUUUUAAUUUUCAGCACAUACAGGCAAAUGAUGUAUGUUUGUACCGAACUA